GUGCUUCUGUGGUGAGCUUCUCCUGAUAGGAGCCGGCGUGUGGUUCUUCUUAUGGAAACGUGUGAGGAGCCGACGUUGGAGCUGACGUUCCAGAUGACAAGUCCUCAUCUGCUCAAGAUGGAAGCAGACGUGGGAAUCAUCCUGAGGGUGUGUGCCUGAAAGUGGACCGACGAGGCCAACCAUGAUGGAGCCUGAGUGGAACUGCAGCUUCCACUGUGAGUCGGCGCACUGCCUCAUCCACUCGGGCCUCAGCAGGCAGGAGAGCGUGGACGUGAUGGACAGACUGUGCGUUCUCAGUCAGAUGACCGUGGAUCCGCCGAGGCGAUCCCUCUCGCCCGUGCUGAGCGCCGUGGUGUGGACGCUGCUCUCCUGCGGCAUCCUGCUGGCCUUCUGCUUCCUGUUCUUCACCCUGCGCUUCAAGAACAACAGGAUCGUGAAGAUGUCCAGCCCCAACCUGAACGUCCUGAGUCUGUUCGGAAGCGUCCUGACCUACAGCAGCGGUUUCCUGUUCGCCGUGGACGGGCGACCGCACCCUCAGAUGGAAGCGUCAACGGCGGUCCUACACGCUCGGGUUUGGACCCUGUGUCUCGGCAGCACCAUGGUCUUCGGGCCUAUUUUGGGGAAGACAUGGAGGCUCUACAGGGUGUUCACCCAGAGGGUUCCUGACAAGAGAGUGAUCAUCCGGGACAUUCAGCUGAUGGCCAUGGUUGCUCUUCUGAUCCUGGUGGACUUGCUGGUUCUUACUGCCUGGAACCUCACUGAUCCCAUCCUGUGCUCUCGAUCCGUGGGCGCCGUGGUUAAGAUGGUGGAGAAAGACAUCUUCUACUCUUUGUCUCACCUUGAGUCCUGCUCGUCUGCGUACUCGCAUCUGUGGGUUACCAUCAUAGCUGUUAAAAAGGGUUGUCUCCUUCUCUACGGGACAUAUCUAGCCGGCCUGACCAGCAACGUCAGCCACCCGCCAGUCAACCAGUCUCCCACCAUCCUGACGGCCGUGACUUUGGUGACGCUGUGUUCCACCGUGGUGGUCCCCGUGUCCAUCUUCAUGCAGGCUUGGCCCAACUUGGUCUACAGCACCGUGGCUGGAGCCAUCUUCAUCUGCACGCUGGCGACGGACUGCAUGCUGUUUGUACCUCAGCUGACCGAGUGGCGAAACUUUGAAGAGGACCACAACAACCCGGGUCACAUGGCCAAGUAUUUCAGCAGUCCCAGUAAGAGCCAGGCGUCGGUCUACAGCCAGGACGACAUCUACUUCCUGUUGGGGGAGAACAACUCCAUGAAGAAACUGCUCAACGAGAAGAAUGCCGUGAUUGACAGCUUGCAGGAGCAGGUCACCAACGCCAAAGAUAAGCUUCUACGUCUGGUGUCAGCCAGCCAGCUGUCGGAGAAGCAGGAGGACGUGGACUCCACCAACCUCCACUCCUCCUCCACUCAGACUACGGAACCUCAGUCCCGGAACUUUGCGACUUCUCUACCUCCGAGAGAUCUCAAUUCCAGACUCUCGCCGCCGCCGCCGCCUGUUUUACCUCAUUCCAUGGCUGCUGAUGGUCCAGGAUCUUCUGAGAUUGCACCUUCACCAGACUCCAUGACUCCCAGUGCCGCCAUCUCAGAUGCGUCGGAUCCAGAUCCAUGUAAGCCCGCUGCAGAAGAUGCAGUUCUCCGGUCGCCAGGCCUACUCAGGACAGCAGAGGAGACGGCUCACUUUGUCACUUCUGUUCAAUCCCGUGGACUGUUGAACCCUUCUGAGUUUGAAACCUUCAGCAACUGUCCAAGCUCCCCCUCGGGACCAAACGCCAGACCCAAUGGUUUUGUUAGUAGCGAGAAGUUGCAGGAGAUCCUCCAAGAACUGAGUGUGGACACGGUCUUGGCCAGGAGGCCUUCUCAUGUUAAAUUCACAGAGGACUCCUCGCUCUCCCCCAUCUCCCUACGGACACCCCGCUCCCCGAACCCCCCUUUGGUGUUCCGCUACCCCAGCAUCUCCCCCUACGCCAUGAGGAAACGUAGACCACCUUUCCAUUCUCACAGACCAGGUGUGGCUCCACCUUGUUUCUACGGCAACGCUGCCGACUGCAGGCGGGUGAAGGACAGCUGUGGGGUCCGGAAGCAGACCAAGCGCCCUGAAGGGGUCCCACUCAAUGGGGGCGUCACAACGGACGGUACGCUCCUCCAGGUUCCCCCCCAGACGCAGGAGCAGGGUGAAGAAGGCGUGGCUUCAGAACAUGCCUGUGGUGUGGACGUGGGCGGCGACGGUCGCGAGGCGGACCCUUGCCGGUACUGGGAGUCGGACUCCAGCAGCUCAACGGACUACGGUUUCUACCAUCGACCCUACUGCGACUCCUGCUUGCAGCGGGGCUCGCUCCUGACCUCGGACUCGUCCUCGGACUCCUCGGACAGCGAGUAUGAAGACUACGGACUUUAUCGUUCGCCACAUCCUGUCGUGUUCAAGGAAGACCUCAAACCAACGCUUGUCUAAACAGACUUUAGCUCCGAUUAGCCCGCAGGAUAACUUCAGUAUCGAUCUAUCGAUGAAGCUCAUCUCCAUGGAAUUUAGUGGAAUUCAUUUGACAUGUUUGAGUUCAAUGGAAUGAUCUUUCAGGAUGCAAACAGGAUCUCCAAUCCGGGAAUAAAUCCCUCGUAUUUUAUUAUCUCAUCUCAAGGAACAAUAUCGUACAAAUAAAACUUGGAUGUAACCUACAGUAGUUGGUGUACAGCUUAGAAGAUAGUCAAGUAAUUCCUAUUUUAUCACCGUUUCAUUGCUUCCACACCCAACUGGUAUAACGGAAUUCCUACAAAAUAAGAGUCUUUAUUUAUAAAUGGAAUAUUUUCCCACUUGGAGCAUAGAAAACCUGUUUACAAUCUCUUAAAUAUGUUUUUUAAACAUUAUUAGAGCCCUCUAAACAUGAAAUAACACCCCUAUAGUCACCUUUACACUCAUAUUACCCAACCCAAUAAGAGUCUUUAUUUAUAAAUGGAAUAUUUUCCCACUUGGAGCAUAGAAAACCUGUUUACAGUCUCUUAAAUAUGUUUUUAACCUUAAUAAGAGCCAUCUAAACAUGACAUAACAACCCUACAGUCACCUUUUCACUAAUAUAACCCAACCCAAUAAGAGUCUUUAUUUAUAAAUGGAAUAUUUUCACACUUAGAGCAUAGAAAACCGGUUUACAAUCUCUUAAAUAUGUUUUUAAACAUUAUUAGAGCCCUCUAAACAUGAAAUAACACCCCUAUAGUCACCUUUACACUCAUAUUAACCAACCCAAUAAGAGUCUUAAGAGUCUUUAUUUAUACACAAAUGGAAUAUUUUCACACUAAGAGCAUAGAGAUCCUGUUUACAGUCUCUUAAAUAUGUUUUUAACCUUAAUAAGAGCCCUCUAAACAUGACAUAACAACCCUACAGUCACCUUUUCACUCAUAUUAUCCAACCCAAUAAGAGUCUUUAUUUAUAAAUGGAAUAUUUUCACACUUAGAGCAUAGAAAACCUGUUUACAAUCUCUUAAAUAUGUUUUUAAACAUUAUUAGAGCCCUCUAAACAUGAAAUAACAACCCUACAGUCACCUUUUCACUCAUAUUACCCAACCCAAUAAGAGUCUUUAUUUAUAAAUGGAAUAUUUUCACACUUAGAGCAUAGAAAACCUGUUUACAAUCUCUUAAAUAUGUUUUUAAACAUUAUUAGAGCCCUCUAAACAUGAAAUAACACCCCUAUAGUCACCUUUACACUCAUAUUACCCAACCCAAUAAGAGUCUUUAUUUAUAAAUGGAAUAUUUUCCCACUUGGAGCAUAGAAAACCUGUUUACAAUCUCUUAAAUAUGUUUUUUAAACAUUAUUAGAGCCCUCUAAACAUGAAAUAACACCCCUAUAGUCACCUUUACACUCAUAUUAACCAACCCAAUAAGAGUCUUAAGAGUCUUUAUUUAUACAUACAGUAAAUGGAAUAUUUUCACACUUAGAGCAUAGAGAUCCUGUUUACAGUCUCUUAAAUAUGUUUUUAACCUUAAUAAGAGCCCUCUAAACAUGACAUAACAACCCUACAGUCACCUUUUCACUCAUAUUACCCAACCCAUUAAGAGUCUUUAUUUAUAAAUGGAAUAUUUUCACACUUAGAGCAUAGAAAACCUGUUUACAAUCUCUUAAAUAUGUUUUUUAAACAUUAUUAGAGCCCUCUAAACAUGAAAUAACACCCCUAUAGUCACCUUUACACUCAUAUUAUCCAACCCAAUAAGAGUCUUAAGAGUCUUUAUUCAUACAUAAAUGGAAUAUUUUCACACUUAGAGCAUAGAGAUCCUGUUUACAGUCUCUUAAAUAUGUUUUUAACCUUAAUAAGAGCCCUCUAAACAUGACAUAACAACCCUACAGUCACCUUUUCACUCAUAUUACCCAACCCAAUAAGAGUCUUUAUUUAUAAAUGGAAUAUUUUCACACUUAGAGCAUAGAAAACCGGUUUACAAUCUCUUAAAUAUGUUUUUAAACAUUAUUAGAGCCCUCUAAACAUGAAAUAACACCCCUAUAGUCACCCUUAACACUCAUAUUAUCCAACCCAAUAAGAGUCUUUAUUUAUAAAUGGAAUAUUUUCACACUUAGAGCAUAGAAAACCGGUUUACAAUCUCUUAAAUAUGUUUUUAAACAUUAUUAGAGCCCUCUAAACAUGAAAUAACACCCCUAUAGUCACCUUUACACUCAUAUUAUCCAACCCAAUAAGAGUCUUUAUUUAUAAAUGGAAUAAUUUUCACACUUAGAGCAUAGAAAAACUGUUUACAAUCUCUUAAAUAUGUUUUUAAACAUUAUUAGAGCCCUCUAAACAUGAAAUAACACCCCUAUAGUCUACCACCGCCAUGCUGGAUUGGAGGCAAGACUCAAUUAUCCCGUGUUGGCGGCUAUUUACACCAUAAUGACUAAAUCUGUACUGCUCUACUCUACAAGCUGUACACCGACUACUCUAAAGUAGUAUCCAAGUUUCAUUUCCAUAAUAUUGGCCCUUAAAAUGUCCUGUAAUAAAAAUACAAACUUUUGCGAGAUACCGUACAUAUAUAUGGAAAUCUGUGUUUAUGUAUUUUACACAUUAAACUUAACCGCUGCGGACCUCCAGGUCAUGAGACACUUUAUUAGGUACACUUGCGUCAUCGAGUGAUGAGCUGUAGCCAUAAACAGAGAUAAUAAUGCAUUAUUAUUACCAUACAGCUCUUAUACCGUACUUUAUAUUCAUGAUAUGGCAGGUGGGUGUAUUUUGCACAUUUACGUCAUGUAUUUUUUUUUUUAAUUGACCGAUGAAACUGUGUAAAUAUACACCAGUUAGCGUGGACGACCAAGCAUCCAGCAUCGUCUGACUUCGAUAUUUAUUAUGUUAUUUAUUUGGCCGUGUUUUACUUUUUAAAUGUUGCUGUGCUUCAGUGAAAAUGUUGUUUUACUAACGAGAGUGUUUCUAUGUGUCAGUGCUUCAAGCCCAUAAUGUCAAAUUGUUCUGUCCUUCCUGCAUGUUGGCCCCCGCUGGCCCUCAAACCCUCGUCUCUUCUUACGUAAUGUAGAUUUUUUUUUCUAACUGAUUGCAUGAAGACGUAAACACAAAGUAUAGACGCUUAAUUCACGCCACUGACUGACUUAUGCCGCAGGGCAGAAACCAGACAGAAUUUUGAUGAAUUUUAAUUUCUAUUUGAUUAAAACUUAAUCAGACACUAAUUGCUCUGACGGUGAGGGCUCUUAAGAAAUACAAUACGGAACACAGACAUCAUUUCCACGCUAAUUUCCCUUUUCAACACAGCACUUUCAGCUUAUUUUGUUAUCUUUCCUUGUAUUAUUUUUGCUCUGCUGCCUUAUUUCUGGGACACUCUUCAUUCAGCAUAUUCAAGCACUGAAGGGCAGACUGGGAGGAGGAAUUCUCUUUGUAGACUACAACACAAGGCCAUACAAACCACACAAAAGACUCUGCCAGCUUUAGUGUGUGUGUGUGUGUGUGUGUGUGUGUGUGUGUGUGUGUGUGGGAGGGAACGUCUUCCCGACGAACUAAGAUUAGGCUGUUACACUCCGAUAUGACCGACACCGGGGCGUUAUUGAGAAAGAAUCACCAAAUAGAAACACAUUUGCAGCUCUUAUUAAGACACCCCAGUCACAAAUUACCUUUUAAAAACAUUUUUUUUACAUUAAUAGAGCCCUCUCGACAUGAAAUAACAUCCCUAUAAUCCAUUUCACUCAUAUAACCCAAAAUAGUAGACAUCAUAGGAUUAAAUAAGUCAUUAAAGACAUAGAUAAGACUCAUGCUGGUGUGUGUUGCUGUAAAUGUGUUCCCCGGGGGAAGUAGCGUGAGUGGACAGGAAGUGACAUUGGGUGUUCAGAGUUGAGUUUCAGGGUUAUAUUUCAUCUUGCUGUGGAUCGCUGCUGCAACAGCAGCUCACAAUUAUUUUUUUAGGGAUUAUUGUGACUGUUCAAACCUGCAAUAAAAGCCUGUUGUU